ACACCGUGCCCACCACGAUCAUCCGAUCAUUCACCAGGAUAUAUCACCGCUCCAUUUCACUCCAUUCCAUUCCUUCCCACUACAUUCCCCCACCCCCCCUUGUAAGAACCAGGGGGUUCCCUUAGGGGGGGUUCAUCCGCAUCAUAUUCAUUCCAGGACAACGCGAUACCACACACACUCACACAGCGGAAGGGUGUGUGAUCAUGGGGACGACAACCAGUAGUAGCCGGCGUUGGCGUCUGCUGACUGAUUCACUACCCGCGUGACCAUCACUCGCCUCGUCUCGUCUCGUCUCGAUGCGGUUGUAAUCUCGCGAAUGUACGAGUACUUGUAGGAUCCGGGUCGAGUAGUAGAGAUUCUAGGGACUAGACGACGGACAAUUGGAAGGGUGGGAGCAUGCGUAUUGUGGGAGUGUUCAGAAUUUGAUAGAUGUGCAGUUCGGGGAACGUUGAAGCUGUCCGUUUUCUGUUAUAUGCUGUAUAUUGAGUCUGGGCAUCGGGUGCACUUCCAAGUGUAGGGAACAACCGCGAGCCGCUCACGGAAGUUGGGUGGGUUGAGUUUUUAGUUGUGGUAGUGGAGGAGAGUGUAGUGACUCUGAUAAAAAAGUUACGUGGAGCGAAGACGACGCAGUGGCCCACGAAGAUUACGAGUAGUUGAGCUGAGCGAACGUAGGCGUGUUUUGACUUCCAUAUUGGCAGUCUCUCACAGUAGAGCACGAAAGGUUUCUUAAUCUCGUUGGCAGUGGGGACUGUUGGAGCGAGGAGUGAAUCGCACAUUCAGGUCCGUGUAAAGGUGGAGUUCACACUAUCAGUAGGAAGCAGGAACUUUGACGUUGGUAUGAGGCGCGUGAAGCGGAAGCAUUGAUUUGGUUCAAGGGUCUGGUUGCCUGGUUGCAGAACCUGUACUGAUCUAUAACCGUAAAAGAGCUGGAAGUCGCAACUGCUCUCGUGAAUGUUGACACAGCAGCUCAAAUCCACCUUCGAGCAACGUGAUGACCAGAGAUGGAAGCAGUCAGGAACAGCAUGGUGGAGGAUACCCUCCUCGGGAAUUCUCGUCGUCAGUGUUUUACACGGAUUCCGUGACUUAGGAAUUGCGAACCAGUUGUUCGCUAUCAAAUGACACACGUAGAGCAUGUAGAUGGUGGCGAGGUUAAUGGUGGCCAUUUAACAAGAACAUAUUGAUUGGAUUCAUCAUUAGAAGAUACAAAACAAAUAAUCAAACACGGUCAAGUCAUCGGCAAUGGGUUGCAUCGCAAAAGUAGGGAGUAAUAGCAGAAUCCGCCCCACCCAGGGUUGCUUUCCAGGAUUCAAGAAGCAAGAAGAGGAUGGUCAUCGUCGACCACAGGCGGUGGCGAGCCGCAGAGCUAAGGCCGUAGAAUUUCCUAAGCUCUUCGCGGAGAAGCUAAUGCCAUCUGAGCCAUCGACUACCCGGUUGCAGCCCUUGGCACCCAAGACAAGGCACCUCAACUUCGCCCAGAAAAUCGCGGACAAGGUGAUCGAAGCCGUGGAGAAGAAUUUGGAGAAUCUGCAUUUGGGAAAUCGUGAACCGCUGCCAUCCACAGUGGAUCCUCACGUGCAACUGGAGGGCAAUUUCUUCCCAGUUGAAGAAUCACCCGCGCAUCACAAUUUGGAAGUGGAGGGCAACCUUCCAGAAUGCUUGGAAGGCGUGUAUGUGCGAAAUGGCCCGAACCCUCAGUUUUUCCCAACAGGCCGUCACCAUCUGUUCGAUGGCGAUGGCAUGUUGCAUGCUGUGAGCUUCAAUGGAGGGUCGGUCAGCUAUGCGUGUCGGUACACGCGUACCUAUCGUUUCAUGGAGGAGGAGAAGCAUGGAAGGGCAUUCUUCCCCAAGCCAAUUGGGGAGCUGCACGGAUAUGGCGGCGUGGCGAAGUUGAUGAUGUAUUGGGCUCGGUCUUUGUUCGGAAUUUUGGAUGCAUCACAAGGCAUGGGAAUGGCAAAUGCAGGGCUUGUAUACUUCAACUCAAGGCUACUGGCUAUUUCCGAGGACGACUUGCCUGUCGAAGUGCGCAUCACGGAAGACAAUGACAUCGAAACUGUGGGACGGUAUGAUUUCCAUGGACAGCUGACGCAUUCCAUGAUCGCGCACCCCAAGAUUGAUCCACAUACUGGAGAGCUCUUCAGCCUGAGUUACAACGUUUUGUCAGCUCCAUAUUUGAAGUACUUGAUAUUCUCGGCAGACGGUGAGAAGAAGGCUGAGGUGCCGGUCGCAUUGCCCGAGGCAGCCAUGACGCAUGACUUCGCAAUCACGGAGAACUUUGUUGUCAUCCCCGACCAGCAGAUAGUGUUCCGCCUGAAGGAAAUGCUGACGGGUGGUUCCCCGGUUGUUCUAGACCCGAAGAAGACCCCGCGUUUUGGUGUGAUGCCCAAGUAUGCAACCUCGGAGGACGAAUUGAAGUGGAUUGGAGUUCCUGAUUGUUUUUUCUUCCACUUGUACAACGCGUGGGAAGAAGGUGACGAAGUGGUGGUUAUUGGCUCCUCCAUGACCCCCGCCGAUAUCAUUUUCAAGACAUCGGAAGUGCCGCGAGCUAUUUUGACCGAGGUGCGGCUCAACCGUCGCACGGGAACAUCCACCAAACGCGAGCUCGCAGAAUUGAACUUAGAAGUGGGAAAAAUGAACCCUCAAUUCGUAGGGGUAAAGACCCAAUAUAUGUACCUCGCUAUCGUUGAACCAUGGCCGAAGGUAUCGGGCAUCGCCAAGGUGGACUUGCAAUCGGGCCAAGUGGUGGCCCGACACAACUACGGCACGCAUCGUUACGGCGGCGAGCCCGUGUUCGUGCCACGGACUUCCGACCCCAGUGCCCCAGAAGAUGAUGGAUUUUUGCUUGCAUUUUGCCACAAUGAAGACUCCGGGGAGUCGCAACUGCUCGUUCUCGACGCAGCCACCCCCACUCUGGAGCAAGUGGCGUCUGUCAGUCUGCCCUCUCGAGUCCCCUACGGAUUCCACGGAGCAUUCAUCCCUGCGGCUGAUUUGCUGCAUUAAAAUUUUUCUUUCAGACUUUUUGUGUUCGUUGUAGUGGGUGAGGACUGAUUCUGGAAUCAUAUCCUUUUGUGCAUAGCCUGGUUUUUUCGCGGUCUUCGCUUGUACAUUAAUUGGCAGACAGCAGGAACGUUACAAGUUACUGUACCUGCUCGUCCCUGUGUUCCAUCCUAUUCGCUUGUGUUCCAUCCAUUCGAGGUCUGUGCUACCUCGCUUUCGGAGCAAGCUAAUCUUUCCAGAUAGCUUUGUGCUGUUUUUUGUGGACGGCGCUAGCAUGAGGAUGUUUUCUGGGAUCAGAAAACCUUGUGAAAAUCCUAAAACCAAAUGUAUCAACUCAUGAUUCAGCAUUUAUAAACAUUCAAAAUUUUGUGCUACCAUUUAUACGUAA